AUGAGGGCAACAUGGGCUGCCAGAUGGCUCAAUUGCCGUCUGCUCCUCGGCACCCAGCAGUCAAGCUGUGGUAGCCAUUCUUUUACUAUAUCAGCUGCCGCUCCCGCGUGGGAGAGUCGACGAGCCUUCAGUCAGACCAAGCGUAGCUGCAGUGCGGCGCAAGAAGCUCUCAAGAAAGCUCAGGAAGAUGCUGCCAGUUUGACACCCGAGUAUGUCGCCGCCAACAUGUCCACUGAGGAGGCCAAGCGCCUGUCUCGUGUGCGCAACAUCGGUAUCGCUGCCCAUAUCGACAGUGGAAAGACAACAGUCAGUGAACGAGUCCUGUUCUACACCGGCCGAAUCAAUUCGAUCCACGAAGUUCGAGGAAAGGAUUCCGUCGGCGCCAAGAUGGACUCCAUGGAACUCGAAAGGGAAAAAGGCAUCACUAUUCAGUCUGCGGCUACUUUCGCCGACUGGAAAAAAUUGGAAAACGGCAAAGAGGAAACCUACCACUUUAACCUGAUUGAUACACCUGGCCAUAUUGAUUUCACAAUCGAAGUCGAGCGAGCACUGAGAGUCCUUGACGGUGCUGUCAUGAUUCUGUGCGCUGUUUCUGGCGUCCAGUCUCAGACCAUCACCGUCGACCGUCAAAUGAAACGUUACAAUGUCCCCCGAAUCUCUUUCGUCAACAAGAUGGAUCGCAUGGGUGCCAACCCCUGGAAGGCAGUCGAGCAGAUCAACACGAAGCUCAAGAUUCCUGCCGCCGCUAUUCAGAUUCCUAUUGGUGCCGAAGACGAGUUCUUGGGCGUUGUCGAUCUCAUCAACAUGCAGGCUAUGUACUUCGAGGGUCCCCGUGGUACCAAGGUUCGCGUUACCGACCAGAUUCCCGGUCCUCUCCAGGAAUUCGCCAAGGAGAAGCGCCAGGCUCUGAUCGAGAAGCUUGCUGAUGUCGACGACGAAAUUGCCGAACUGUACCUUGAGGAGCAGGAACCUACCAACCUUCAGAUCAAGGCCGCUAUCCGACGUGCUACUAUCGCCCGAACUUUCACUCCUGUCAUGAUGGGUUCUGCUCUUGCCGACAAGGGUGUUCAGCCUAUGCUCGACGCUGUUUGCGAUUACCUGCCCAACCCUUCUGAAAUUGAGAACACUGGUCUGGACAAGUCCCAGGGCGAGAAGACUGUUAAGCUGGUUCCCUAUGACUCUCUUCCCUUUGUCGGUCUUGCCUUCAAGCUCGAGGAGAACAACUAUGGUCAACUCACCUACAUCCGCGUCUACCAGGGCAAGCUGAGCAAGGGUACCUACCUGUUCAACUCUCGAACUGACAAGAAGGUCCGAAUUCCCCGUAUCGUCCGUAUGCACUCCAACGAAAUGGAGGAUGUCUCCGAGGUUGGCGCCGGUGAAAUUUGCGCCGUUUUUGGCGUCGACUGUGCCUCCGGUGACACCUUCACUGACGGAGGUCUUCCCUACACCAUGUCUUCUAUGUUCGUUCCUGAUGCUGUCAUGUCUCUUUCCAUCAAGCCCAAGCGAACCGGUGAUGCCGACAACUUCAGUAAGGCCAUGAACCGAUUCCAGCGUGAGGAUCCCACUUUCCGUGUCCACGUUGACGCUGAGAGUGAGGAGACUAUCAUUUCUGGUAUGGGUGAACUGCACCUUGAGGUCUAUGUGGAACGUCUCCGACGCGAGUACAAGACUGAGUGUGUCACUGGCCAGCCCCGUGUCGCCUACCGAGAGACAAUCGCACGACGAGCCGACUAUGACUACCUUCUGAAGCGACAGAGUGGUGGUCCUGGUGAUUUCGCCCGUGUUGCUGGAUGGAUUGAGCCCAACGACAAGCCUGAUGAGAACCAUUAUGAGAGCCAGGUCGUUGGUGGUCACAUUCCCGACAAGUUCCUCUCUGCCUGUGCCAAGGGUUUCGAUGUUGUCUGUGAGAAGGGUCCUCUCCUGGGCCACAAGGUCAUCGGCGCCAAGAUGGUUGUUAACGAUGGUGCUACUCACGUUACCGAUUCUUCCGAUUAUGCUUUCAACUUGGCCACCCAGAUGGCUUUCAAGAAGGCUUUCUCCGAUGCUGGUGGUCAGGUUCUCGAGCCCCUCAUGAAGACCACUAUCACUGCCCCCAACGAGUUCCAGGGUAACAUUCUUAUGCUUAUGAACAAGCGUAAUGCCACAAUCCACGAUACCGAUAUUGGUAGUGAGGAUUUCACACUCAUCUGUGACUGUAGUCUGAACGCCAUGUUUGGCUUCAGCUCUCAGCUUCGUGCUGCCACUCAGGGUAAGGGCGAGUUCAGCAUGGAGUUUAGCCACUACGCCCCGGCUCCUCCUCAUCUUCAAAAGGAACUGGUCGCCAAGUAUCAGGCUGAGCUUGAGGCUAAGCGAACCAAAUAA